CCCAGGGCCGGGGAGGAACAAGCUCAAGCACUCCCGGGGCGGGACGGGGAGGUCUCCUCAGCGCCGGGGCCGCUGUGAGGGGCGAAGCCCGGGGCCCUGCCUCGGCCGCCGUGCGUGAGGCGGACUUCGGCCCGCGGCCGCUCCGGGGGUUUUCGACACCGCCCCGGGCCAGCCGAGCGCCUUUCCCCGACGGGCAAAGGGCGCCUUGCUGCGGGAGAGCCCAGCCCGCCCCGCUCCCCUGCCCGGCCUCCCCCGGCGCUUCCCAGGGACCGUGCCCGGGCGUGCGAGACAAAACACCCAAUUCUGGAGGAAAUACUGUAGGAACGAUGUUCUUAGUAAAGAUGUUCUACUUAAUCAAAGGAGUUAAAUGUUACAGUCCUGUGAGUCAGAUGCACAAAGUAACAGGAGCUCUGUUUAAAGCACACCUGUUAAGGAACACAUUGGGCAACAACGAAUCAUUCACAAUCGCACGUGCAUUGUCUCAGCUUAGUUCUGAAAAGGCAAACUCUUAUAAUUAUGUCAUUGUUGGAGCUGGAUCAGCCGGGUGUGUAUUAGCCAACAGGUUGACUGAAGACCCUCUCAGUACUGUACUACUUUUGGAAGCAGGCCCUAAAGAUACCCUUCUAGGUAGUAAGAGGCUGAUGUGGAAGAUUCAUAUGCCUGCUGCAUUAACUUACAACCUCUGUGAUGAGAAAUAUAACUGGUAUUACCACACAACUUCACAGAAACAUAUGGAUAAUCGGAUUAUGUACUGGCCCCGAGGAAGAGUGUGGGGUGGUUCCUCUUCUCUCAAUGCAAUGGUGUAUAUUCGUGGGCAUGCUGAAGAUUAUAAUCGAUGGAGCAGAGAAGGGGCUGUAGGAUGGGACUAUGAACAUUGCUUGCCCUAUUUUAAGAAGGCACAAACGCAUGAACUGGGACCAGAUCAGUAUAGAGGUGGAAAAGGACCUCUGCAUGUGUCAAGAGGGAAAACAAACCAUCCUCUUCAUCACGCAUUCCUGGAGGCAACUCAGCAAGCUGGGUAUCCCUUCACAGAUGAUAUGAAUGGCUAUCAGCAAGAAGGAUUUGGCUGGAUGGACAUGACUGUACACAAAGGUCAAAGAUGGAGCGCAGCUAGUGCUUACCUUCACCCAGCCAUAUCCCGCCCAAAUUUGUCAAUCACAGAGAAGACACUUGUAACAAAAAUCUUGUUUCAAGGAACAAAAUCCAUUGGUGUUGAGUAUUUGAAAAAUGGUCAAAUGAAAAAGGCUUUUGCCAGUAAAGAAGUUAUUUUAAGUGGAGGUGCCAUAAAUUCUCCACAGCUGCUUAUGUUGUCUGGGAUUGGCAAUGCAGAUGAUCUAAAAAAACUGGGGAUCCCUGUUGUUUGCCACCUUCCUGGAGUAGGCCAGAAUCUUCAAGAUCACUUAGAAGUGUACGUCCAGCAAAAGUGCACCAAACCUAUCACUCUGUAUAGUGCACAAAAGCCGGUUAGCAUGGCAAGGAUUGGUCUAGAAUGGCUUUGGAAGUUCACAGGUGAUGGAGCCACUGCCCACUUAGAAUCUGGUGGGUUUAUUCGAAGUGAGCCGGGAGUUCCUCACCCUGACAUUCAGUUCCACUUUCUUCCUUCUCAGGUGAUUGAUCAUGGUCGCAUUGCUUCCACAAUGGAAGCUUACCAGGUCCACGUGGGCCCCAUGAGGAGCACAAGUGUGGGCUGGCUGAAGCUGAAAAGUACAGACCCAAAGGCCCAUCCAAUCAUUGAGCCUAACUACAUGUCCACAGAAAGAGAUAUUUGGGAAUUCCGCCAGUGCAUCAAGCUGACCAGGGAGAUCUUUGCUCAGAAAGCUUUUGAAAAAUUUCGUGGGCCUGAAAUUCAACCAGGAAACCAUGUUCAGUCUGACAAAGAAAUAGAUGCUUUCAUAAGACAGAAGGCUGAUAGCGCUUAUCAUCCUUCCUGCACCUGUAAAAUGGGUCAGCUUUCAGAUAGCACUGCUGUAGUUGAUCCCCAAACAAAAGUAAUUGGUGUUGAAAAUUUGAGAGUAGUAGAUGCCUCAAUAAUGCCCAGUAUUGUCAGUGGGAAUUUGAAUGCCCCAACUAUUAUGAUAGCAGAGAAAGCUGCAGACAUAAUUAAGGGGCUUCCGUCACUUCAGGAGAAAAAUGCUCCUGUAUAUAAGCCCAAGACCUUAGAAACACAACGAUAAACAAUGUUGCCAUACUUUUAUACUUUUGCCACUUAGUCUUUCAGUCUUUCAUCAGCAUGUUGGUAUGUCACACUGGACAUGCCAACCAAAUAAAAGCUAUGCAAAAAG